UACAGGAAAAACCAGGAGAAUACAGGAGAAAGUAGGAGAACACAGGAGAAAUUAGGAGAAAGCAGGAGAAAGCAGGAGAAAGUGGUAGAAUACAGGAGAAAGCAGGAGAACACAGGAGAAAGCAGGGGAAUACAGGAGAAACCAGGAGAAAGCAGGAGAAUACAGGAGAAACCAGGAGAGAGCCGGAGAAUACAGGAGAAAGCAGAAAAAGCAGGAGAAAGCAGGAGAUACCAGGAGAAAGCAGGGGAAACCAGGAGAAUACAGGAGAAAGCAGGAGAAAGCAGGGGAAACCAGGAGAAUACAGGAGAA